GGCAUAUUCAACUGAGAAUAAAUAAUAAUCCCAAUAAUCAGAAAAUCAUAGGGAGAGAAGCAAGCGAUCGAGGGUCAUGGCGGGCGGAGACUCGUCCGAUCGCUCUCUCGAAUACACUCCGACAUGGGCUCUUGCCGCAGUUUGUUUCUUCUUCAUCUCCAUCUCCAUUAUCCUCGAACAAUCCAUUCAUCUUCUUACCAAAUGGCUGAAGAGACAUCGGAAAAAUGCGUUGUUCGAUGCAGUGGAGAAACUUAAAUCAGAGUUGAUGCUUCUGGGGUUUCUGUCCCUCUUAUUGGCAGUAACUCAGGAUCGUAUCUCCAAAAUAUGCAUACCUGUCGAUGCUGCGAACGUCAUGCUUCCAUGCCGCAAAAGCACUAAUAAUCAUGGUGCAGCGCCUUCUGUUGAUUCUUGUAGCUCCGAAGGAAAGGUUGCCUUGGUGACACAAGAUGGCCUCCAUCAGCUUCACAUAUUCAUUUUCGCGCUGGCUGUUAUGCAGAUUGUGUAUUGUGUUCUCACUCUGGCUUUGGGUAGGGCCAAGAUGAGUCGUUGGGAAGCUUGGGAGAAAGAAACUCAAACAACCGAGUACCAAGUUGCCAAUGAUCCCAAUCGAUUCAGAUUUACAAGGCAAACCACAUUUGGAAGGCGGCACAUGAGUUCUUGUACGGGAACACCGUUUCAGCUCUGGAUUAAAUGUUUCUUCAGACAAUUCUUCCAUUCCGUAGCAAAAGUUGAUUAUCUCACUUUGAGACAUGGUUUCAUCUCGGCUCACCUGUCGGCCAGUAACAACUUCGAUUUCCGAAAAUAUAUACAGCGAACCUUGGAAGAAGAUUUCAAGCAGGUGGUCGGCAUAAGCCCUCUAAUGUGGUUUCUAGUUGUUAUCCUCAUGCUCGUGGAUGUGUACGGUUGGCAUGUAUUUCUAUGGGUAUCCUGCAUUCCUCUCUUGGUAGUUCUAGUUCUAGGAGCCAAACUCGAAGUCAUUGUUGCGAGAAUGGCUCUUCAAAUCAAAGAUCAGAAUAGUGUGAUUAAAGGAACACCUCUUGUUAGACCCAACGAUAGUCUCUUCUGGUUCGGGCACCCAGGAUUCGUCUUAACUCUUAUUCAUUAUACUCUAUUUGUGAAUGCAUUCGAGCUGGCCUUCUUCAUUUGGGUUACAAUACAGUUUGGUUUCAAUUCUUGCUACCACGAGCAUACUGCAAUCAUUGUAAUCAGAAUUGUACUAGCGGUGACCGUUCAAGUACUUUGCAGCUAUAUUACCCUCCCUCUCUAUGCACUUGUUACGCAGAUGGGGUCAAAUUUCAGGAGCAAGGUACUAGAAGAGCAGAUUGCUAAUAUCAUAAGGCAAUGGCACGCUGAAGUUAGGGAGAGAAGGAAGAAGCAAGAACUAUUCAUACCGUCUCCAGCUCGCAAGUCUUUGUCCACGGAAUGGAGCCCCAGAAGGAGUAGUACUAGUGCGCAUGGAGUUUCUUCAUUCCAAAGACCCAGAUAUAUGAGAAGCGACAGCAUUAACAAAGGGAAAAUAGUGGAACUAGGAGAAAGAUCAGAUCAAAUAGUAGUACUGAAAGAAGAGGCAGCUGCUGGAUCAUCUAGACGUCCAUCUCGGGCUGUCGUACUAGAACUUCCGACAGCGAGAAGACAGUAGAAGAUUAUAUUGACGAGUAGUGCAAGGAAAGUACUUCAGUUUCUGAGAGAGAGAGCGAAGCGUUUCCAAAUUGAAAACAGCUAUCCUAAUGUUAGAAUUUUAAAAGAAUUUUGUAUAGCAAAUUAAUUGAGUACCGCAAUGAGGUCUCAAUCUGAUGAAAUAUAUUUUCCUGAAGAACUCGAGCUCUCCAUGGAUGAAAAUGGAAAAUGCUUUUGUUCAUGUAUCUACUUUUGGAUGUGGAGUCUGUCCUAGGCUUAAAAAUCCAGACUUGAAGUUGGGGUUUUAUCUGUUUGAUACUAGAAAUCAUCAAAAUUUAGAAUAAAACUCUG